CGCUUUCCAUUUUCAGUCGGCCGAGAGAGUCAUCGCUCGUUCUCCAUUCUUUGGGUCUAUUUUAUUACCAACUCUUACUCUCUCGUAAAUCCUUUCCAACUUUCUGCAUUUCAUGCCUGCCAACGCCUUUACUCUACAGAGGAAAUUCCCUGCUUUGCAGGUCAACGACAUUAACUCGCUUAUUGACCAGUUCAAUGAGUGCGAUUUAGAUGGCGACGGUUACCUUGAUGCCAAAGAAGUACAGAACGCUUGUCAACAGGCUGGCGUUAGCGGCAACUAUGACGACAUUCGUGCGGUUAUUAAGCAAGUCAGUACAAGCUCCACCAGCAAGAUUGAUGCCGAGGAGUUUGUAGAGCUUGCAGCCAAAUUGAAAGAAGGUGUAAAUAAGGGUGCUUUCGAUGUUCAUCAAAACAAGAUCAAGGUCCACGGCACAAAUGCUAACGUCACUCACACCAUCAACGAGGAUGAGAGAACUGAAUUUACUAGACAUAUUAACAGCGUCAUGGCCGGCGACCGUCAUAUCGGUCACCGUUUGCCCAUCCCCACAAAUACUAUGCAACUUUUCGAUGAGUGCAAAGAUGGUUUGAUUAUGUGUAAACUCAUCAACGACGCCGUUCCUGACACCAUUGAUGAGCGUGUUCUUAAUGCUGGAAAGAAGAUUAACAGCUUCCAAAUGACUGAAAACAACAAUAUCGUUAUCAACUCUGCCAAGGCUAUCGGAUGCUCUGUUGUUAACAUUGGUUCCCAGGAUCUUAUUGAAGGUCGUGAGCAUUUAAUUCUUGGACUUAUCUGGCAAAUCAUCAAGCGUGGUUUGCUGAGCAAGAUUGAUAUCAAGCUUCAUCCUGAAUUGUAUCGUUUGCUUGAGGACGGAGAGACUCUGGAUGAGUUUUUGAGACUUCCCCCGGACCAAAUUCUUCUCAGAUGGUUCAAUUACCAUUUGAAGGCUGCUAACUGGAACAGAAGAGUGAACAACUUCAGCAAGGAUGUUUCUGAUGGUGAAAACUACACUGUACUCUUGAACCAAUUGAAGCCAGAUGUCUGCUCUCGUGCACCUCUCCAAGAGCGCGAUCUGUUGACCCGUGCUGAGAUGGUUUUGGACAAUGCUGAAAAGAUUGAAUGCCGAAAAUAUCUUACUCCCACCGCAUUAAUUGCUGGUAACCCUAAGCUUAACCUUGCUUUCGUUGCUCAUUUGUUCAACACACACCCAGGAUUGGAUCCUUUGACUGAAGAGGAAGCUCCUGAAAUUGAGCCAUUUGACGCUGAAGGCGAAAGAGAAGCGCGAGUCUUCACUUUGUGGCUCAACAGUUUGGAUGUUGACCCUGGUGUUUACAACUUGUUUGAGGAUCUUAAGGACGGUACCGUGUUGUUGCAAGCUUUUGACAAGGUUAUAGCUGGAAGUGUCAAUUGGCGUCAAGUCAGCAGAAAACAACCACUUUCUCGUUUCAAGAUGAUUGAAAACUGUAACUACGCUGUCAUGCUUGGUCAAGAACGCCGCUUCUCUUUGGUCGGUAUUCAAGGCGCAGAUAUUACCGAUGGCCAGCGCACACUCACCCUCGGCUUAGUCUGGCAAUUGAUGCGAGAAAACAUUAUUCACACUUUGCAAUCCUUGUCUAAGGGUGGACGACCUGUCACGGAUCAAGAUAUGGUCCGCUGGGCUAAUGACACUGUUAAGCGAGGUGGAAAGUCUAGCAAGAUGUCAUCUUUCAAGGAUGGAAGUUUGAAGAACGGUGUCUUCUUCUUGGAUGUACUUAACGGUAUAAAGCCUGGAUAUGUCGAUUACUCUUUGGUUGCCAGCGGCACUUCAUAUGACGACUACUAUAACAACGCAAAACUUGCAAUUUCCAUUGCACGUAAGUUGGGAGCAACCAUUUUCUUGGUACCUGAAGAUAUUGUUGAGGUUCGCGCAAAGAUGAACUUGACGUUCGUCGGUAGUUUGAUGGUGGUCGACAGACAAAGUGGCUCUAACUGAUCAUAUAAUUGAUCAUGU